AUGUCUCGCCAGUCCACCGUGAGGAUCCAGAGGGGCCGCAGCGGUUUCAGCGCCGCCUCAGCCGCGGCUCCCACGGCGUGCAGGACCAGCUUCAGCUCCUGCUCCCUCACCCGCCUGGGGGGCUGCGGCGCCGGCAGCGGCUUCGCCAGGGUGGGCGCGGGGGGUUUCGGCAGCAAGAGCCUCUACAGCGUGGGCGGCUGCAAGAAAAUCUCCGUGGCCGGCCGGGGUGGGAGUUUUUACGGGGCCGGGAGCGUUUUUGGCGUCCCGGCCAACCUGGGUUUCGGCUACGGGGCCUUCCCGGCCGGGGGGAUCCACGAGGUGUCGGUGAACCAGAGCCUCCUGAAGCCCCUCAACCUGGAGAUCGACCCCAACAUCCAGAGGAUCCGCAAGGAGGAGAAGGAGCAGAUCAAAACCCUCAACAACAAGUUCGCCUCCUUCAUCGACAAGGUGCGGUUCCUGGAGCAGCAGAACAAGGUGCUGGAGACCAAGUGGGGGCUGCUGCAGGAGCAGGGUUUGAAGACGGUGAGGAACAACCUGGAGCCUCUUUUCGAGGGCUACAUCAACAACCUGCGGGCGCAGCUCAACAGCCUGCUGGGCGACAAGGGGCGGCUCGAGGGCGAGCUCGUCAACACCCAGUACCUGGUGGAGGACUUCAAGAAGAAGUACGAGGAUGAAAUCAACCGCAGGACCAUCGCGGAGAACGAGUUUGUGACGCUCAAGAAGGACGUGGAUGGGUCCUACAUGAACAAAGUGGAACUCCAAGCCAGGGCAGACGCUCUGACCGAAGAAAUCAAUUUCCUGAGAACCCUCUACGAGGCCGAGCUGUCCCAGAUGCAGACGCAGAUCUCGGACACCUCGGUGGUGCUGACCAUGGACAACAACCGGAACCUGGACCUGGACGGGAUCAUCGCCGAGGUGAAGGCGCAGUACGAGGACAUCGCCAACCGCAGCCGCGCCGAGGCCGAGUCCUGGUACCAGACCAAGUACGAGGAGCUGCAGGCCACGGCCGGCAGGCACGGGGACGACCUGAGGAACACCAAGCAGGAGAUCUCCGAGCUCAACCGGCACGUCCAGCGGCUCCGCUCCGAGAUCGACAGCGUCAAGAAGCAGUGUGCCAACCUGAAAGCCGCCAUCGCCGACGCCGAGGAGCGGGGGGAGCUCACCCUGAAGGACGCGCGGGCCAAGCUGGCCGAGCUGGAGGACGCGCUCCAACAAGCCAAGGCUGACCUGGCCCGGCAGCUCCGCGAGUACCAGGAGCUCAUGAACGUCAAGCUGGCCCUGGACAUCGAGAUUGCCACCUACAGGAAGCUGCUGGAGGGCGAGGAGUGCAGGCUGGCCGGAGACGGCGUCCCCGUGAAUAUCUCCGUCACCAGGACGACCGUGGGGUCGGGGUACGGCGCGGGGAGCAACCUGAGCGUGGCCGGGGGGAUCUGCAACUCCGGCAGCAGCUCCAGCGUCAAGUUCGUCUCCACCUCCUCCACCAGAAGGAGCUACCGGAGCUAAACCCGACCCCGAUUCACGCCCC